GAAGUCGUGUUUGUUGUGAAUAACUGUUUUGAUCGUGAACUCUCAAUAAAUCCCAGUGACAUCAGAGUCUAAAAGAGCCAACUUCCAACUGACAUUAAUUGAGUGCGACGCCGGGACCGCUCGCCGCGACUGUUCCAAUCUAACCUCGUUUGCAUCACUCGUCUCUCUACCAACGACGCGGAUUAAAACGUGUAUUUUUAUAAAAAUGACCCUCUAUAUUAUUGGUUUUAUCGUCGCUCUAGUAUUGGCAGCGUUCGUUAUCAUGUGGAUAGCGUACUGCAUGUUCAUACGGGAGCGACACAAAUCAGAGUUCUUCCAUCAUAAUAUUUCGGAUCUUCAGCGGAAGAACUACAUAAUGGACCUAGAGCGGAACGAAGAUGAAGUACCCACUAAGAAAGACAUGGCUGUCGGUGUGUUCGUGUUACCAUCACGACAUAAGCAGAAGAUCGAGGAGUACGAUAAGCGACCUGAUUACCCAGAGAGUCCUCCCCACACCAAGCAUCAUAGCACUGAUAAGCUAAUUGACAUACUCGGCGACACUGCCGAUGUACACUACAGAGAUGGCAUUUACGAAGUUGACUCACCCAGACUAUGCGACACAGAUGUAUAACACAUUGCACCACUUUAUGUCAUCUCCUUACUAGGUGUUCACAAUACACAAUUUGUUUAUAACUAAUCAAUAAGCACGAGAUUAUAUUUUUGUAAAAACUUUGUAUGAAAUAUGUUAGUUACAAUAAAACAUUUAAAUAAAA